UUUGAAAGAUGAGACUUUGUGUUCCUAUUAUCGGACAAAGGUUGCGAUGCUCUUUCUUUCGCUUUUUGUUUUACCUUCGUCGUGCGAUAAAUUUGAUUACAUAAUGUGACGGCGUAUGCUAUACUGGAAUAAUGUUGGAUAAUCUUUUGCUAUAUGCCCAGUCUCUCAUGCGGUGGGAUUAUUUGUCAAUGCCCUGCUGUGAAUAAAGUUUGAAGGCUUCAAAGCGGGCGGCAUCACAACAAACAUGGCGUCAGGAGGCGCUUAGCCGAGAAGAAGCUCUAGAAAUCCUCGAAAAAGCCUUUUAAUUGUUUCUUUUUUACUUGAUACCAUCUCACAUCGGCUCGCCUCGAUCUCAGCAUGGAGUCCUCUCCGUUUCCAGAGGAGGUUUUGGAGAGGAAAGUGUGUGUUGUCGGGUCGGAGCUGGUCGAGAACUACACAGUCUACAUCAUUGAUGUGACGGAUGGCGAGCACAAGUGGACGGUGAAACAUCGAUACAGUGACUUCCACGACCUCCAUGAGAAGCUUACAGCAGAGAAGAAAGUGGACAGACGGCUGCUUCCUCCAAAGAAGAUGAUUGGCAAGAACUCAAAGAGCUUGGUGGAGCGGCGGCAGAAAGAGUUGGAGCUCUACCUGCAGACGCUGCUGCAGCAAUUUCCACAAGCCACGCCCACUCCGCUCGCCUUCUUCCUGCACUUUCACCUUUAUGAGAUAAAUGGCAUCACAGCAGCUCUAGCUGAGGAGCUAUUCAACAAAGGUGAGCAGCUGCUCCAAGCUGGUGAGGUGUUUUCCCUCCAUCCUCUGCAGCUGUACUCCGUCACCCAGCAGCUCCGCCUGGCCAAACCCACCUGCUUUAACGGAGACGCCAAAACAGACCUGGGACACAUCCUGGACUUCACCUGCAGGCUGAGAUACCUCAAGGUGUCUGGUACCAGAGGUCCAGUGGGAACCAGUAACAUCGAGGAGAGCAGUCUCCCGUUUGACCUGUCUGUUUUUAAAUCGCUGCUGCAGAUAGAGAUCAGUGAGUGCAGCUCUCAGCAGAUUCAAGGUCUGUCGUGUCUGAGGUCGAGUCUGGCAACUUUGAGUAUACACCACUCCACGGAAACUAUGACGUCGAUCCUGGUUCCUGAGGCGAGCGAGUUCUCCCAGUGGGAGGCAGAGGGGGCGGAGUCUGGCUGUCCUGUCACAGCUGUGAUCCCUGUGUGGAGAAACCUGACCACGCUGGACAUGAGUCACAACGGCAUCAGCUCCAUCGACAGCUCAGUGAAACUCAUUCCUAAGGUGGAGUUUCUGGAUCUGAGUAACAACCAGCUGUCCACAGUGGAAAACCUGCAGCACCUGUACAAUCUGGUCCACGUGGAUCUAUCAUAUAACAGCCUGAAGGUCCUUGAAGCCGCUCACACCCGUCUUGGAAACAUCAAAACUCUCAACCUGGCCGGCAACCAGCUGGACCAGCUGACCGGCCUCACCAAGCUCUACUCUCUGGUCAACCUGGACCUCAGUCACAACCAGCUGGCUCAGUUGGAGGAGAUCAGGAACAUCGGCUCUCUGCCCUGUCUGGAGAAACUCAACCUGUCCAGUAACCCCAUGUGCAUCAUCCCAGACUACAGAACCAAAGUCCUGGCCCAGUUUGGUGACCGUGCAGCAGAGGUUUGUCUGGACGGGAAAGUGACGACGGAGAAGGAGUUGGACACAGUGGAAGUGUUAAAAGCCAUUCAGAAAGCCAAAGAAGUCAAAGAAAGGAAGAGCAGCGGCGACAAGAAGAUCAGUGAGGAGACCAGGCUGGCUGCUCCUGCACCUCCUCACCUCUCCUCUUCCUCCUCUCCUCCCUCCUCCUCUUCUUGCUGCUCCUCUGCUGUCGCUCCUCUUGCUGUUACCUCCUCUUCUUCUUCCUGCUCUUCCUGUCCGGCCCAGCAGGCUGCCUGCCCCAGCCAAGAAAUGACGAGCAGAGAAGAAGCCCCCGUUUCCCCCAGUGUCCCCCCUCCUGUGGACACUGGACCUCCCCCUGCAAGCUUUAACACACAUACACAACUCCUGUCUGUUGAACCCGAGCAGGUACAACAACCUGCUGUCAGUCUGUCAGAACAAACACAAUGUGGAGAUCCUCCAAGUAAUGCUACAACUACAACAACUUCUUCUAUUUCUGUCUGUUGUGUCUGCUCCUCUUCCUCCUCCACACCAGAAUCAACAUUGUGCCUCACCUGCAGCUCGACCUGCUGCCCUCUACUUCCUGCUCACCUGCUCUCCCUCUCCUCCUCCAACAAAGACUUCAUCACCCACCUCUCCCAUCUUCUCAGCUCCGCUCUGAAGGAGCAGAAGACGAAGAACAUGGAGGAGGAGGCGGAGACAGAGGAGGAGAGGGAGGAGGAGAGAGUGGAGGAGAGAGUGGAGGAGAGGGAGGAUGAGAGCUCUGAAACCAGAGAGAUUCAGUCCAAUGUGGAGGGAACUGAGGUGGAAAUUCACAGUCCAGGCUCCAGGGAUGGGUACUUUGAGAUGGGUCUGGAUGACUCUGUUGAGGAGUCGGUCUGCUCCUCCUCCACAUCACUAACCGGUCCUUCUGCAGAGGAGUCCAUCCCUCCCCAGGGGGAUCCGUGUGAGGAGGAGGAGGAAGAGGCGGAGGAAGCAGAGGUGAAGGUCAGCAGGGUUCUGUGGUGCUACUGUCUUCAGGUGAAGGAGGAGGUGGAGCAGAAGAAGGCGUGUCUGGUGCUAAGCGAUCAUCUGUUUUGCCUGCUGUACCUCAAAGAUGAUUUCACUUGGGCCAAUCAGGACGCAGACCAGGAGCAGGGUUCGCCUGUGGAGGAGGUGCUGUCCGGCCUGGAGGUGGACCUCCUGCUGCCAUACUCCCAGCUCCUGCUCUCCUCCCACGCAGAGCUCCCCGACUCCUGCCUCACAUUGGGUUGCCAAGCCAGUCCAUCCCGUUGGUACAUCUUCUCUGAGUAUGAGGAGCUCCGACGGACCAGGAGUGAGCUGACAGGACUGAUACAGGCAGCAGGUUCUGACCUGGAGCCCCCCAACAGUCCUCAGCUCCUCCCCCGCUCGCUCAUCAACUCCUGGGAGCUGGAGGAGAGUCAGGGAGCCAAAGGAGGCUAUCCUGCCCACCUCCUUCCCUCCCCCUACUCCUCCUCCUCUCCUACAGACCGCCACCAUCUCCUGUCAGACAUAUUAUCCAAAAACGAGAAGCCCAGCCUCCCCACUCUCCUUUUUCUCACUCACCGACACCUCUGGGUGCUGAAGAUGGACUUCAGAGAGCUGGCAGAAAGAGAGCGAGAGAGCAAAGCUGAUCUUCAUCAACCCUCUUCCUCCUGCUGCAGUCUAUUGCGGGUGCCCCUCGGCUCUGUGGUGCAUCACCCCAGAGAGCGAGCUUCUCAGGUCAUGGUCAGAAACAGCUACACUUCCUGUCAGGACCCCAAACACCAGCACAGGAGCAGUCACUGUGUGGAGGUGUUGCUGGGUGGUGAGGUGCUGCUGUUGCUCUUCCCUUUGGCCCGGGACAGAAGCUCAUUCCUGGGGGAGUUGAGCCAGCAGAGAGCCUCUCUGGAGGGGCUGAAGAUGGUCGCGCUGCCUCAACCCUGCAUGUCCUGCCCACACCAAGAACAAAACACUCCAGGCCAUUACAGAUCCAGGGACCAGUGCUGUUGUUUCAGUAACAUCAAAUCCCAAAGCACCGGCAGCUGGGACUCCUCCCACCCUCAGUUGGAGGAGAACCAACCUUCACCCCACCUCCUGCCAGGUCUCUCCCCAGGAUUGAAGCUCCUGUCUGGGCUCCAAGGACAGCAACUGCUGGCUUACUUCCACAGAUAUAUAGCGAUGUCCAAGGCUGAGGAGGUGAGACAGGUCCUGUGGCUGUCUGUGGUUCUGUACAAGUCUCCUGAUUCUGAGCUCACCUGCUGUCUGCUGCUCUCCACGGACACAAUCUACUUCCUGUUAGAAGACUCCGCCUCCACGCUCGGCCAUAACUCAGUGUUGGACACGAUGGACUCUGGAGAUCCUGACGUCUCUCUGUGCUGCUGCCUGUCCAUCAGACUGUCUGAUCUUCUGUCUGUUAACGUGGGACUGUUCGACCAGUACUUCAGAGUCGUCGGUCGUUCAGCCGAUCACAUCGUGUGCUGUCUCAGCAGGGACAGUUACGGGACCGGCCUUUUUCUUCAGGAGCUGAUGUCAGCUCUCAGUCUGCAGCAGCAGCUUCCUCCUCCAGAGCCGUCGGAUCAGGACUUCUACUCCCAGUUCACCAACACAAACACAGGUAAGAUGCAGAACUACGAGCUGGUCCACAGCAGCAGGGUGAAGUUUAUUUAUCCCAGCGAGGAGGAGAUGGGCGACCUGACCUUCAUCGUGGCAGAGAGGAAGACUUCAGCCAGCGCGGCAUCCUCGUCCUCACGCUCAUUCAAUGUCCUGCUGUACCUGCUGGUCUUCCAGGUGCAGGUCCCUAGCAGUCUGCCCAGUCAAGGCUCCACUCAGUCAGGUCACUCCCCUCCAUCUCCGGUCCUCCAGCCCAGGACUCUGAUCCUGACCAGCACCGACGUCUUUCUAUUGGACGAGGACUACGUCAGCUAUCCUCUGCCCGACUUUGCCAAAGAACCGCCCUCCAGGGAGCGGUACCAGCUGCGUGAAGCUCGGAGGAUCAGGGACUUGGACCGGGUCCUGCUCGGGUACCAGACCUACCCUCAGGCUCUGACUCUGGUGUUCGAUGACCUGCCGGGCCCUGACCUGCUCUGCCACCUCACCAUGGACCACUUCACAGCUGGAGGGGAGGAGGCCUCACCCAGAGGGGGAGGAGCCAGCGGGGGCGCAGAGGGCGAGGUCCAGUGGUGCGUGUUUGUCCCGGGAGCUGACAGCAGAGAGAGGCUGAUCUCACUCCUCGCUCGCCAGUGGGAGGCGCUGUGCAGUAGGGAGCUUCCUGUUGAGCUCACCGGGUGAUCGGCCGCGUGGACAGACGGGUGACUGUUCAGCAUCUCGUUGGUCAUCAGGAGCUGGAGGGUGGAGUCAGCGUAUGACAGGGAAUUACACAAAUUCAGGUCUUGAUUAAGCGCUUUAAAGGCCUCAAUAUGCUUCAAACACAGCCCAGGGCAAAGCACUAAAAGUCACAGCGAGGAGAAGAUGUGAUGAAUCAUCGUUAUGGGGAUAACGGAGCAAACUUUCAGUUUCUCCUUGUAGGCAUUAAGAUGUAGAAAGUGGUGUUUAAAAAAGAGAGAGCUUAAGAUAGAAGUUAAAUCCUGUUUACUUGACACACUACUUGAUUUAAUCCCCUGACUUUGAUGUUUCGCACAUUAUGAAGAAGAGGUGUGGUUUUAUUUCAACAUCUCGUUAUGUUCAAAAGUCAAGCAACGAUGCACUUCACUCCUAUGGCCUCGGAUUUUAUUCAUGAAGUGUCUGCUUGGCAUCUUUAUUUAAAUUGGAUCCUCAGCUGCAGAGUAACCUAUGGAGGAUCUGGUAGAUGCUAUCCAACUACAUGCGCCGUUUCUUUUUCUUUAUCGUUGUGUAUGUUUGUAACUCAAAGUGCAGUCAAAAACCCGUCACAGCAAGCUCCAGGCCUCAACCCACCGCCUUCUCUCUCUUUCUCCAACAACAGUGGAGGCAGUGAAGGAAGGAGCAUCAGAAUUGGCUCUGAUGUCGCCCAAACUGAGAGAUCUGACACCAAUCAACAAUAUGUAAAAGAUCUACCGGUAUAUGUCAAUAUGCAAGGUGUCAGUUUCAACACUCCUGUUUAGAAUUAGAGGUUAAAACAAUCAAAGUCUUUUAGUAUUUCUUACAUGUAAUAUUGGGUUGUCAUCAGUAUCUCUAAAUAUUACAUUUUAGGCAUUAUAGGAAGGAAAAAAUGGCGUCUAAACAUCUCUUCUGAGAGUAAGGAGUGAAGAGAAGUGACUGGCCCUUCUGCUCUGCUUUUGGUCGAUGUGGAUGGAGGUUGUUUCAAGUGCUGUCAGACGACCCAAGAAGCACUUGGUUUGAAGCAUACUGUGGCCUUUAGUCUUAACUCUUGGAAAGAUGAAGGGAUUUAGCACUUGGUACACACAGUUUGGCGUCAGCUUCAGAGAAAAAAACUGAGUGAGAAGGACUCAAAGGACAUUACAGACCGAGAGAGGAGCCUGUGGCCUCACAUGGAGCCUAAGUUUCUAGAAAAACCACGAGUAUCUCCACAAAGAAGAUUUACUUAUCAUUUGGUGACAGACAGACAGACAGACUUGUGUUGCACAGCAGGGGGCGCUGCAGACAGUCCACAGGAGUUCUAUUAGAUUUUAAUCAAUGUUAACCUUAAUGGAACAGUUUUCAUUUCUGGUGAAUCCUCUUGUCCUCUUUCCUCUCCAAAAUCAGAUUUGAAUCAAAUUCUCAUCUCUGUUUGUCCAGUGCAAAGAGAGGUCGUGUGAGCCUAGCUUAGCACAAAGACGUCAAGUCAGGGGAAACUGCUAGCGUAGCUUCAGAAAGAAAGAUUUAAAAAAAAUUUUUUUUUUUUUAAAAAUCCCAUUUCAUUAACUCCAAAGCUGUUUGAUUUUCAUGUUGCUAUUUAUGUAAAGUUGCUCUUAAAACCAAAAAUCACUUUUUAAAAAUAUUUUUUACAUUUUUUUGUGCAGUCUGACUUCGAAAGGGAGGUGACAAGAGGAUGAUCCUAAAUGUUGGAUUGUAGUUUUAAAUAGCACACACGCACACACACACACACACACACACACACAUAAAAGCUGCUGCUCGGCACAAUCUGCUCUCUCAACAUUUUAUUCCUUGCACAUCGUAGCGGAUGAGGCAGUGUUAUUAAACUGUAUAUUAUUAUAAAUAUGAUAUUAAUAUAAGUUGUUGCUUUGGGACCGAUGUUUUGUAUCAUGACGCAGACUUUGUACUAAACAUGAAGAUCCUGUUCAUACUCCCAACAUGAACUCUCAAAUGUCACAUUUAGUAUUAUCAUUGAGUAUUAUUUUUUAUAUUUUCUUUGUGUUUAUUUUAUUUUAUGAUGUGUUUUUUUUUUUUUGUACAAUAAUAUCGACAAAUGGGAGCCCAGCUAAUGUUGGCCCCUCCCACUCUUCACCAGUGUUGUUUACAUUACAUGUUUUUGUCUUGUUAAAGGGGAAUGCCACUUAAUUAAAGUGAAAAAUGAAA